CCCAACUAAUUACAAUAAUCAAAUCAAGUCGCGAAAACUCCACUAUCUUUCAUCGCAAUAAUCUCCGCCUUGUUCUUCAUCUUCAAUUAAAGUGUUUAAUCUUAUCUUGUUGUAAAUCAAAUUGUGCCCAGUAGCAAAAUUCCAUAUCAAUCAAGAAAUGGGUCAAACUGUGGGAGACGCGCCGCCUAGUUCGCGAGCCAAGCCAACGAUACAGGUGCCGCCGCGUGGCUCGGCGGGGUUCCUCUACGCGAACGGGUCGGGCCCUGGAUUCAGCCCGGGCCCGAUGACUUUGGUGUCUAGCUUCUUCCCUGAGCAGAGCCCCUUCUCCUUCUCUCAGCUCUUGGCCAUGGCGUCGCCGCUGGCUGAUUCCCACGCCAGGGUUUCUGAUUCUGGGAAUAAUACUGAAGGGAGAAAGAGUAUGAGCAUCACUCCUGUGUUCAUGGUGCCGACGGGGCUUAGUCCGUCCGGAUUGAUGUCGCCGCUUCAGAGCCCCUUUGGAAUGUCCCACCAGCAAGCCCUAGCGCACGUUACUGCUCAGGCGGCGUUGUCUCACUCUAUCAUGCACAUACAAGAAGAUUUUCAGCAUUCUUCAUCUGCAGAAGCCAUAGCUUACCAUUCUUCCUCUGCAAAGACGGAAGCUCUCAUGCGGCCGACAAAACCUUCGCCUCCUGAUCCUGAGAACACGAAGAAAGAGUCAGCCGAAGCUUCCCAAUCUGGUAAAACUGCUGCUAGUGAUAAACCGGCAAAUGAUGGUUACAACUGGAGAAAAUAAUCGAA